AUGGCGCCCACAAUACACUCCGCCAAAUUGACACUCUCGUGUCCGCUCUUCGCCGCCGACUUCGACCCGCGCAACAACGGUCUACUGCUCGUCGGCGGCGGAGGCGGCGAGGGGCGCAGCGGAGUCGGAAACAAGAUCUUUCUUCUUGACACCUCGCGUCGCAAUGAGAUCACCGAGGCCGUCGAGCUGAGCCUAUCGCGUGAUGAAGAUUCAGUGACGUCGCUGGCUGCCGCGCCGCUGGGUGGUGAUGUGGCGGGCUCGCUUGUUGCUUUAGCUGGAAUCAAUAGCUCUGUGUCAGAGCAAAAGAAGAACAACAACCAGCACAUGCGCGCGUUCCGUUUUGAGGCGCCGCGAAAUAAUCGGGCUGUGGCUGCUCCGCAGGAUACGGAGCAAUCGAACGACGAAAAUAAAACAAAGGACGAUAAAGAUGCUAAACCUGAGGAAGAGGUGACACCCGGAAGAGCAACAGCUCUGUCGCAAGCAUCACUCUUCCGCACGAAGAACAGGCCAGGCUCCUCCGAUACGUACCAGCGCGUGAUCAGACUCUCCCCGUGGCCGAAGGGGAAGGAUAAGGAGCAACACACACGAAUUGGAGCUAUUGCAACUGGUCUGGCAACAUCUGGUGAAAUCGUGUUCUUCCGCGCCACCGAAACUCCGAGCGAGACAGAUAUCAUUGGCCGUAUCCAAUUGAGCGACAAUGAGGAGGCCGAGGAUCUCGACUUUGCCAGUCUCGAACACGACCCCGAACAGACCGAAGAUGCCCACGGCCGGUUCCUUGUGGCUUAUACGAAUGGAGUGGAUGUCAUGGUUGGCGAGAUUUCCUCAUCCAACAGCUCCAGUAGCUCCCCCGAGGUCCGCUGCAUCUACACCAUCCCUCUACCAGCCAGUGGAGCUCGCACGGCACGCCCCAAGAUUCGCGCGCUGCGCUUCCUCUCUCCUCGAUCCCUCCUCCUCCUGCAAAACGCACCAGACCGUGGUGGCAGCGAGCUCAUCCUUCUUCAACUCCCAGCAGCCAACCAGAGCAAGUCACAAAUCCUACGACGCCGCAAGCUUCCUCGGACCGUGAAGAUCGGUCUGGGUCUGGAUAUAUGCCAGCUGGGAACCAAUCCUCAAGGCCAGCAACAGACCAUCAUCGCAGUCAGUGGCAGUGACAACUCCAUUGCUCUAUUCACACUGGAAUAUGGGCCAAAGCGCGGGUAUAGCAACUUCCGCCCCUACUCAACCAUCCGCGAUGUACACCCCUUCUCAAUGACAAAACUCACUUUCUCAACCUUCACCGCACCGUCACACCCCAUAGGCCCAGAAGUCGGACCCCAGAACGUGAAGCUCGCCUCCGUCAGCAUGGGCAACACAGUUGUCGUGCAUACAUUCCCCCUCUCCCCAUUCCCAACCUCCUCCCGUACUCCCCGCUAUGUCCUGGUCAUGCCCGGCCCGGCCGAGAUCUGGGAACUCAUCUACAGCAUCCUCAUCCUACUCUUCUCCAUCUCAGCGAUCUGCUUCGCAAUGCUGGCAUUCGCCGAAAUCCGCGGCGGCACACCUCCCUUCUUAGGCGCCGCCGAGUGGCUUCCAGUCGGUCUCCGCGAUAUCAUCGCUGGUCAAUACGUCCCGCCUCCACAGGAUCGUCUGACAUACCUCGAUACCCUGCUUGCGCCACGCUCAAAGGGUACCACGGAUAUCCCCAUCGUCCAAAGGCACCCGGACUCAACAGAGCAACUUGAAUCCCUCCGCUCAAUCCUCGACCGCGUCCACAACGCCGGAGCUGCACCUGCAGACCUGGAAACCGCCACGCCACACGCACUUUCAGUGAUCGUCCGGUGCAACGAAGCAGGCCACGGCGCUGAAGAGAGCAUCUUCGUUGAAACGGCCGUGUCGGCACGUCAUAAUGGCAUCUCCGAUGAGGAGAAGUUACGCGCUUGGACCGAUCUGUCCGAUGAUGAUCGGAAUAUCUGGAAGCAGAGACUUGUUGAUGCCGGACGGUGGACCGCUGCUGAGGGUGAGAGUAUUCUUCUAGGUGUUUUGUUCGGGACGGCUUGCCGGGUAUUGGAUGGUGCUGUUAGGACUGAAUUGCCUUGA